CUUCCAAACCUCUCUCCGUUGCAGGAGGCCUUCGGUGACCUGGCGAUGUUUUUCUACGACAAGCAUGGGGGAGAAGUGAUGGGAGUCCUCUGGAAGCCUUCGGCCUUCGAACCACAGCCUUUCAAGGCGCUGAGCAUGAAAGGAAGAAUGAUAUCCGCCCUCACCCCUGAGCCUCUGACAGUUCCCAAUGUGGAGGCCAUUUUGGAAGACUUCAAGAUUUUGGGAGAAGGAUUGGUCAAAUCAGUAGAGGCUCGUACAGAGAAAUGGUCCAUUUAGAAUCUUUGGGAACUUUGUGCUGCAUGUAUAAAGCGUUGUCCAGGGUGUGUUCUCACCCAUAACUUUUUCCAGUUAAAACUGUCUUAUAAGAAAGGUAUUUUUAUUACAUACAAGCUUCUCUCGAUCCUGUUUCCUCCUAUAAGACUCAUCCAGUUUUGAGAAACCUGACCUCCCUAAUAAAGGACUCUGUUAUUGUAGAAACUCUAUUAAAUCCUCUUCCUGCCACCUUUCGAGGCCAAGGAAAUAACUGGAACAUUUCCCUUUAUUCGUCUAGUGGAAUUCUAAUUAAAACAUCACUCUCUCUUAAAACCGUCAAGGUGUGAAA